AUGACAUCGGCCACUCCCCCCUCCUCGCGCAGCUCCUCCCCCCAGAAGGAGUGUCACUCCAUGACGGUUCUGAAGCCGCUGCUGGGGGCAGGGGGGGCGGCAGAGGUGGCAGCGGUGGCAGGGGGGGAAGCGGCGGCAGGGGGGGCAGCAGCGGCAGGGGGGGCAGCAGCGGCAGGGGGGGCAGCAGCGGCAGGGGGGGCAGCAACGGCGGUCUGCGCGCUCCGACGGAGACGGCGCGUUCUCUCCAAGGACGGGCACAGCAACGUGCGCAUUGAGCAUGUGAGCGGGCGUGGGGCGAUGUACCUGCGUGACAUCUGGACGACCUUCCUGGACAUGCAGUGGCGCUACAAGCUCUUCCUGUUCUCGGCCACCUUCGCCGGGACCUGGUUCCUGUUCGGGGUUCUGUGGUACCUGGUGGCGCUGGUGCACGGAGACCUGCUAGGUGAGGAUGGAGGGAGGGGAGAGCGAGAGAGGGAGAAUGCUAAGACAUUUGAGAGCAAUGAUACUGUAUAGCAAAAUACCAAUAUAAUCAGUUGUACCUCCCCUAUAAUCUUCAACCCUUAGACCUUUUGCUUUCCACAUCAAUCUCACAACCUUGCCUCUCUCCCUGUGCCUCCCUUCACCACCCCUCCCUCCAGAGUUUGACCCUCCAUCCAACCACACCCCGUGUGUGAUGCAGGUGCAGACUCUGACGGGGGCGUUCCUCUUCUCACUGGAGUCGCAGACCACCAUUGGCUACGGCUUCCGUUGCAUCACAGAGGAAUGUCCCGCCGCCAUCAUCCUCCUCAUCCUCCAGCUGGUCAUCACCAUGGUGCUGGAGAUCUUCAUCACUGGAACCUUCCUCGCCAAGGUACCUCACCCUUCCCCUGGGCAGAUUGAUAAGAUGUUCACUUUACCAUCCAUCAUAUUCAUUGAUAACGUAUACCACCGCUAUACAGUAUGGAUAUAUAACACUAAGGUAAACUCUGGAUCUACACAUGUCACAUUUAGGGCCAAAAUAAGAGAGCUAUAGGAGAGAUAUCGAAGAGUUCUUCUUUCUCUAGAUCUUAGAUCUCUAUCUACUCUCUAUCUCUCUCUCUCUCUCUCUCUAUUAGAGUUAUCUAUAUGUGUGUUUCUGUGUGUCGGGGGCGGAGGUUAAGAUGACGUUCAUGCCCUGUAUGUAUUGAUAAGGAGACUUACAGUAGGUUGUGCAGCACAAUAAUAUUUACAGAAACCGGAUAUGUUCCAGAGAGCAUUGUGGGUAGUGUAGUUCAUCAUGCUACAAUGUGUGGCUCUGACACACUCUUCCUCAUUGUCCUCAGGUGGCGCGGCCCAAGAAGAGAGGAGAGACAGUGAAGUUCAGCCAGUACGCCGUGGUGUCCAAUCACGAGGGCCGACCCUGCCUCAUGAUCCGUGUGGCUAACAUGCGCAAGAGCCUGCUGCUGGGCUGCUCGGUAGAGACACAGUGUGUGUCUGUGUGUUUGUUUGUGUGUGUGUGUGAGUCUGUGAGAAUGUCAUUUUCCAUUGACGCUCCUCUUUUCAGAAUUCUCGCACAUGUCCCCUAACCAAAUGACUCCAUUUUGGCUCCUAGGUGACGGGGAAGUUGCUCCAGACGUCCCAGACCAAGGAGGGGGAGACGGUGCGUCUGGACCAGAGGAACGUUCCCUUCCAGGUGGACACGUCCAGCGACAGCCCCUUCCUCAUCCUCCCCCUCACCUUCUACCACAUCAUAGACGACAGCAGCCCGCUCAGAGCCUGGGCUACCAAGGGUAGGAUUGAUUACAUACAGUAGCUUAACGUUUAAAAUGUCAGUUAUUUGUGUUGUGUGGUCUUCUUCAAUUGGUCCUAUUUCAUAUUAGUGGCCUAUAACAUGGUUCCUAGGCACUUCAGUGUAACAUACUAACUUAGUUUAACGUUUACAAUGGGAUUUAUUUGUGUUUUGUGUUCUCCUUCAAAUCGGUCCUAUUUCACUACCUAAAACUUGAUACCAGUUCCAUAGGCAGGCACAGUGUAGUUCGAGUCUAGUGUUCUUGUCCUAUUGGGUCAAUUUGAUAUUAAUGUAAGUGGCUUAAAACAUGGUAGUUACAUAGACAGGCAGGUUCAGUGUUCUGUUGUAGUAGUGGUUUAGUGAGGUUGUUGCUAUAGUUUACCAUCUCCCAUGUCUUAAUCACCAGCAGGAGGAGAGGGCCAGUCGGGGUGUGGGAACGGAAAGCGAUCCGUGUGGAGGGAAAGAGAAGGGUGAAUUUAGGAGAUUAGAGGUCACUGCUGUGAUGGAUACAGGGCACUUGGAACAGGGCCAGGACAGUGGGGAGGGGUGUUAGGGGGGCCGGAACAUAAUUAUAAUAAUUUGUAAACUGCAAAUUGACCACAACUAAGCCAAAAAAGAGAUUGUAUUUGAAAAUAACCUUUUUGCCGACCCCUGGUGUAGAGGGAAAGCAAAUUGGCCAGUGUUGAUUUUUCUGUGUAACAUUUCUAGUGUGGAUUCAGCAAGAGUAAGAGUGAAAUUAACACUCAGUGGUGUAAAAUUACCCCCAGCGUUGGAGUUAAUAAUCAGAGUUAUUGUUUUACACUGUGGAGAGGAAAACGGGUCCCAUCAAAACCACACCCAUCAUUAUCAGAAUUCCCAGAAUGCUCUACUGUGUUUUUGCAUGUACACUGAUUGAUUGAUUAAUCUUAUGCUACACAAAGAUAAAUAACAUAAAUUUUUCUAAACUAAUCCAAUUAGUUAAUUAGAUUUAUUGCACCCGUUACUGAAAUGGUUGUUCCAGUUUAAAUGGUUUAGGUAGGCUCCUUUAUCAAUUUCGAUUAUCCUGACAGUCAUUCUGAAUGUGGGUUGCGGGUGAAUAGAAAAUCCAACUGUUGGAUAUCCUAGCUAUGUCUGGAUUCCAAUAGGAAAUACAUAUCACUUUGCAAGCCAGCAUAAUGUGACUUCCAGGCCUGAUGUGGCCUGAAAAACCAGGAUUUUCCCUAAAACCACGAUUUAGGAAAAACAAGAAAUCAAAGAAAGGGCCUUUUUAAUUUUUUUGUAAGACUGAUAUUGUAACUUUUCUUGAAUGAUAACACACCUAAGAACUAUUUGGUGAAAGCCACAGGCCUUUUAAAAAAGGGAAAAAAUUCAACAAAACCCUGUCUGUUUCAUAAAAAAUACGUAUGGGUGGUACACUCGACAAUUCCCCCAAAAAGAAAAGGGACCCCGGGAAAAAAUGCAAAUGAGCUUUUAUUAUAGUAACUCCAGUGGAAAUUAUGUAUGCACUCACUAAUGUAAGGCGGGAAAGAGGCGAAAGAAAAAUGAAAAAAAAAAAAAGAGAAACCAGGGAAACCCCGGGUAAGUGACGGGGCGGGGACCCGGGAGAGGGGUUUUGUUCUUUUCCUCCCACUUUUGGGGGCGGAUGUUUGGGUUUUGGGGGUGCACGGGGGGUUCCAAUUUUUUUUGGGGGUGGGAAGGGGGGGGGGGGCCCGGUGAAAAAGGGGGGGGGAUUUGGGUUGGAGGGGGCAGGCUUUUCAUUUUAAAAACCAAGGGGGCAGUAUAACCCCCCCCCGGGGGGUUUUCCCCCCCCCCUCUGCUCCCUUUUUUCUCCCUUUCCCCUUCCUUCCUCCCCCUACCCCUUCUUCCCCCCGUCCCUCCCUUUUUUUUCCUCCCCUCUCUCCUUUUUUUAGGGCCCCAAUAUCGAAAACGACGCGAGAUGGUUAGAACUUAAAACUGUUUUGAAGAGGAAGAAAAAGGAGAAAGAGGAAGAAUACGAAAAACAAAAAAAAAAUUUCCCCCAAAAAGGGGGAAACCCAAAAACCCCCCAAAAGGGGAAAGGGGAAAAAAAAAAAACCAAAACCCAAAAAUUAAACCCCCCCCCCCCUUUUGGUACCCCCCCCCCCAAAAAAAAAAGGAUAAAAGUGGACUCCAGUGGAUUUGUGCUCAAUGGGUCGUUUGGGUAGGGAGAGGGUCCUAUUGGUUUCACGAGUUGAUAGUGGACUUUUUGGGGUCUAGGGUGGCACCGGGAGAGGGGUUUUUUUUGUCUCUCUCUCUCUCCUCUCUGUGUGUCAGUGGAAUUGUGUGUGUGAGUGGGUGCCAGGGCUUCUCAUUAAAAGACAAUGGGGUACAGUUGGGACAGGAGGGGGGUGCUGACACACAGCAGGGGGGGAGCCUUACAAGGAGGGCAGCACCUAAUCACCACUAAACCACAGGGCUAGGUAAGGAUCUGUCUCUCUCUGAGGGAGUCUUAUCUGGAGAGAGCAGACUGAGCUCUAUUCUCUCUCUCGAUCUCGUCUCUCUCGCUCUCUCUCUCUCUCUCUCUCUCUCUCUCUCUCUCUCUCUCUCUCUCUCUCUCGUUGAGGCCAAACUACUCCUGUUAAACUGACUGUCGUCAGAUUGUAUGGCAUUGUGUUACUGUACACUUAAUACUGCUUUUUAAUGAUGCCUGAUCCCAGAUAACACUGUGUACCUUGAAAAUGUACGGUAAGUAAUAUCUGCAAAAAUCUUAAUACUAUCUUAAAGUAUCAUAAUACUAUUAUUAAAAUAAUCAAAUUACUAACAGUACAUAAUACUACGAUAAUAGCCCCUGUACUAUCUAUGAAUCUAUCUUCUAAUCCGGCCUCCUCUCACGGUAGCUUUCAGCUCCUCAUGAUGCAUUUCUGUAGAAAUAUCUGCAGCUCUUUGGGGCACACGGAUGGGGAGUUGGGGACUUUGCCAAAUAUGGUGGGACACUGUCAGGACUUUCAGUAAGGGCUUACAGUGAGUGCACUAACGUGAGUCCCCUCAGUACACUGUAAUUGUUAACAGGAGUGAGAAGAGAGGAGGAGAGAGGUUGUAAAGGUUGUUCAGAAGAGCACUGUCAGGACUGCUCAAACCAGUAGUCAAGAACAACAUUAGAGACUGAAUAGACUAGGCUGUCUACCAUAUCAUGCAUUGUGUGUGUGUGCUUGUGUGCGUGUGUGAUAUUCGUGCGUGCGCGUUGGUGCGUGCGCGUGUGUGUGUUACGAAGUGCUGUGUUUUUGCCUCAGUGAGAGCAGUCUGUGUUAGAGUUAAGGACUGUUUUCAUAGAAGACAGGGUACAUCUCUCAGUGUGCACACUGAGUGUACUAAACAUUAGGAACACCUCGUCUUUCCAUGACAUAGAAUCCAAGUGAAAGCUAUGAUCCUUAUUGAUGUCACUUGUUAAGCCCACUUCAAUCAGUGUAGAUGAAGGGGAGGAGACAGGUUAAAGAAGGAUUUUUAAGCCUUGAGACAAUUGAGACAUGGAUUGUGCAAAAAUGUUUCAAUAAUUGUAUGUGAGUGUUUACCAGCAUCUGUAACUUGAGUCUGAUAAUUAUCUUUACAAAACAGUUCAUCUGAUAAUACUUGUGGAAUAUAAAAAUACUUGCUUGAUAUAUGUUUUCCAGUUCCUUGAAAUACUUUGCAAAUCCAACUUAUUUCUGUUAAAACUGAAAUGGUCUAUUCAUUCCUUUUACUACACACUCUUAUCCAGAGCAACUUACAGUAGUGAGUGAAUACAUUUUCAUACUGGUCCCCUGUGGGAUUUGAACACUCAACCCUAGUGUUGCAAGCACCAUGCUCUACCAACUGAGCCAUGUCAUCACACAUCAUCACAAACCACUUGAUGUCUCAAUACACUCAAUUACUGUUUUGUGCAUUGUUUUUCUUCAUGGUGAUGGAAAGUCUACAGGUACAAACCUAGAUGACCAGCCUAUGUACAAUACAGUAAUGUACAUUUACAUUAAGUGGUUUGUAAGGAUGGUAAAUUAAUACUGCACAAAAGUGGUUGUUUUCCAUGUUAUUUGAUCAAGAAAAAUAUUUAAUUUGAUGUGGAUGUUUUGUGUCUUUGCCCAUAACUGUACCUUUUGAUGUAAAUGUUUGAGGACAGGGUUUUGUUCUUUCUGGAUGCCAUUAGAAUGACAAUAGCAGAGAAAGGGACAGGGCAACAACUCUUACAAUUCCAACUAUUGAAUUCUGCAAUAUACUAUUCUUAAUUAUACAACUACCUUCUUUGCCAAAGGAGAGAUGCUGAAAAAAUGUUAUGCCAGCGCUACAGUAUAUAUCUAUCCUCUAAUACGUCCUGUAAUGGCCCAGUGCACAACUUUUGUGAACAAAUAUUUAUUUCAAUUUAUUAAUUUUUUUUGCAUAUAUAUAUAUUUUUUCAUUCUGACUUUUCAGGGGGUGCAGCACCCUCAGCACUCUACUUCCUGCGGCGAUGGGAUUGUGUAUGUGUGAGAGGGUGAAUGGAACGCUUUCGACACCUUGUAGAGUCCAUGUCCUGACGAAUUGAGGCUGUUCUGAGGGCAAAAAGGGGGUGGAACUCAAUAUUAGGAAGGUGUUCCUAAUGUGUUGUAUACGGAUCAUUUGUCCAAUGGUGCUUGUGUGUAACUGAAUGGGAAUGCGCUUGUGAAUGGUAUCAUCUAUUUUUUUAUGUCUUUGUAUGAAUGUAUGAUAGGAUUCUGGACCAACUGCAUGUAAAUUUUGUAAGUCGCUCUGGGUAAGAGCGACUGCUAAAUGACGUAAAUGUCAAUGUAAAUGUACAGUGUGCUUGAAGGGGGUGUGUAUCUUUGCUGUUCGUGUGCUUGAUGUUCGUUAUGAACGUAUAUAGGCCUUUGUGGUGCAGCCAUUUGUGUGUUCAGUUAGUGUGUGUUCUUGUGUUUUGUAGUAGACUAGUUUUGAGAGAGAGUGUACAUGUAUGUGGUAAGGGGCUUCUGUCAAUGGACUCUGUUUAGAUCUCCACUUUACGCUCGGAAAUGAUCAGAGAAUUUAGUACAUCUAUUUUGUGAUCUGGGUUUAGUAGAGAAAUGGGUCUGUAGCUACUGUAUGUUGGAAAAUAAAGAUUAGCCUUUUAUUGCUAUUAUCCCAUUCUUGCUUAUAAUGAUAAUGGAUGUGUAUCUCUUUCAUUCUGUCUGUGUCCUAUGCUUGGAAGUGAUCAUGGAAUUUAGAAUAAAUCUAUUUUGUGAGUAGUAAAAUCAGACGGUAUCUUUAGAAAUAACGUUUAGCCUUUUAUUGUUAUAUCCAAUUGUUGCUUAUGGAUCUGUAGUGCUAAAUAGUUUGUAUUUUUCAUUCACUCUACCUGUGUUCUAGGAGGGGGAUGGAUGGAUCCGGAUCUGGCAGACUUUGAGCUGCUGGUGAUCAUGAGUGCCACGGUGGAGCCCACCUCCGCCACCUGCCAGGUGCGCACAUCCUACCUGCCUGACGAGAUCCUGUGGGGGUACGAGUUCCCCCCCGUGGUCUCCCUGUCCCCGUCUGGGAAGUAUGUGGCCGACUUCGCCUUCUUCGACAAGGUGGACAAAACUAAGACCCCGCCCCUCUUCAAACAGGCCCCGCCCCCAAGCCCGGCCAUGCACUCGUCCCGCAGCAGCAGAGGGGGCGCGGAGGAAGGGGCGGACCCGGAGAAGAUGAAACUAGAGGAGAGCUAUCGAGGGGAGGAGAGGGGGAGGGGCAGGGGGAGGGGGAGGGGGAGAGAUAGUAGCCCCCUCAGUGUCCGUAUCAGUAAUGUUUAG